AUGUGGCCGUCAUUCGGAAAGCAGCGCAAUGGCAUGGAGUACGAAAAGCUUAAGCAGCCUCUCCUCGCUGAGGAGAAGAAGAAGCAGGAGGAAGAAGCCAAGGCCAAAGCUGCAGCCGAACAGGCCGCAAAGGUGUCAGAAGUCAUUUCCGAGGAAGUGAAGGACUCGCUCGAUCGUGAUAGGGCUCGCGUUCUUGCCAUGAUGAGGCAGUAA